GGAAUACCUGGAAGGAAGACGGCAAUACCCUGCUCAACAAGUAAAGCGUUUAAUGUAGCCUAGGUUAUGAAACAUGGUCAUUGUCAGUUUAUCUGCGAAGUGAGGCUGCUAACGAACCUAAAACAUAUAGGCUAACACAUUAUUUUCUUCUUAUCGGGACAUUGGUAGGCUACAGUAGCCUAUCUUAGUAUUUCCAAUGGCGCAGAACAGGACGAACUAAAGGUUGUCAUGGCGAGAUUCAUUUGAAUGAUAUGAGUGGCUGAAACAUGGAAAAAUUGGACAACACAAAACAGGACGACACUCAAAGCUCACUCCAUCAUGAGAGGCCUCCAUCACCUGUGCCCACUUGUGUGUCCAUGAAGAGUGAUCAGUCAAAGGGUCAUGGCAUAGACUUCCAACAUGAUGAUGUCACAGAUGGAUCAAGUGGUGAAAUGGAAGAAUGCAAACCAGAUACUGUCAGUGACAAGUAUACCCAGAAGAAACUCAAGCGCAUAUUCCAGGUGCUUGAGGAGAAGAUCAUCACCUUUGUGAAGAAUGAGCUGAAGAGAUUCAAGAAGAUUCUGAGUCCAGAUUACCAAGAAAACUUUGAUGAUAAAGAGCAGGAUGAGAGUGAUGCCAGAGAAGGGGCUCUUAAGAUGGCACUGCACUUCCUGAGGAACAUGGAACAGAACAAUAUUGCUGACAGACUGCAAGAAAUUGAACUUUGUGUAGUGUGGCAGACUGAACUGAAGAGAAAUCUCAAGAACAAGUACCAGAGUGUGUUUGAAGGAAUGCCCAAACAAGGGAGCUCUGCUCUGCUAGAGAAGAUCUACACCGAGGUCUACAUCACCGAGGGAGGAACUGGGAAAGUAAAUGAGGAGCAUGAAGUCAGGCAGAUUGAGUCCAUUUCCAAGAGACCAGCUGGACAGGAGACACCAAUCAAAUGCACAGACAUCUUUCAGCCCUUACCUGGCCAAGACAAACCAAUCAGAAGUGUCAUCACAAAGGGAGUAGCUGGCAUUGGCAAAACUGUCUCAGUUCAGAAGUACAUCCUGGACUGGGCUGAUGGGAAAGAAAACCAGGAUAUCCACUUCAUAUUUCCACUGCCUUUAAGGGAGCUCAACCGCAUGAAAGACAAACAGCUCUCUUUGAUGCAUCUUCUUCACCACUUUUUCUCAGAAAUUAAGGAGUUAACCUUUCCCAGCCAGGGGAAGUACAAAGUGUUGUUCAUCUUUGAUGGUCUGGAUGAGUGCCGACUCCAGCUUGACUUUCAGAAAAAUGAAAUUUUGACUGAAGUGACCACAGCCACUUCAUUGGAUGUUCUGCUGACAAAUCUCAUCAAGGGUGAUCUGCUUCGCUCUGCUCUCAUUUGGAUCACCUCUCGACCAGCAGCAGCCAAUCAAAUACCUCCUGACUGUGUCGACCGGGUCACAGAAGUGCAAGGGUUCAGUGACCCUCAGAAGGAGGAGUACUUUAGGAAGAGGAUCAGUGAUCAGACUCUUGCCAGCAAAGUUAUCACUCACAUAGAAUCAUCAAGAAGCCUCCACAUUAUGUGCCACAUGCCGGUGUUUUGCUGGAUUGCUGCUAAUGUCAUUGAAUUUCUUCUUAAAACUGAAGGAGAUAAGCAAGUUCCAAAGACAUUGACAGAGAUGUACACAUAUUUCCUUGUUUUCCAAACCAAGCAGAGGAGUGUGAAAUUUGAAGGAGUUCAUGACACAGAUCCACAGUGGAACCAGGCUAGUCUCCUUGCUCUUGGGAAGUUGGCCUAUGAUCAGCUGAAGAAGGGAAACCUGAUUUUUUAUGAAGAUGACCUGAGAGAGAGUGGUAUUGAUGUCAAAGAGGCAGCAGUACACUGUGGCAUCUGCACCCAGAUCUUUCAGGAGGAGUCAGGCCUUCAUCAGGAAAAGUUGUACUGCUUUGUGCAUCUGAGCAUCCAGGAGUACCUUGCAGCUCUGUAUGUGAUCCUGAUGUUAAUAACUGAGGGGAAAGAUCUCAUGUCCCCACAGCAACCCCCCAGAACAAUGUUUCAACGUCUGAAAUGGCAAACAACGGGCAAACCCAUGACCACCUUACAGAAGAGUGCAGUGGACAAAGCAAUGGAACAUGAAGAUGGGCGCUUUGAUCUGUUCCUCCGUUUCCUUCUUGGCCUCUCUCUGGAAUCCAACCAGAGACUCUUGAGAGGCCUAAUAAAGGAAGUACAACAUGAAAGCAAAGAGGAAAUAGGCAGCUACAUUAAGACAAAGAUCAGGGAGAUACCAUCAUCAGAAAGAGUUCUCAACCUCUUCCACUGUCUUAAUGAAGUCAACGAUCACUCCUUAGUGGAAGAAGUCCAGAGAUCCUUGAGUGCUGGGACACUUUCUGAAGCCAAACUCUCAUCCACUCAGUGGUCAGCUCUCGUGUUUGUACUUCUGACAUCAGAAGAAAAGCUUGAUGUGUUUGAUUUGAAGAAGUACAGCAGGUCUGAUAAAUGUCUUUUAAGGCUGCAGCCAGUAGUGGAGGAAUCCCAAAAAGCCCUGCUCAACAGUUGUGGGCUCACUGAGAGGAGCUGUGCAGGUCUGGCAUCUGUCCUCACCAAAGCGUCUUCAAAGCUGAAAAAUCUGGACCUCAGUGACAACAGCAUUGGAGAUAAUGGGGUCCAAGAAUUGUGUAGUGGACUGGGUAACCUAAACUGUACACUGGAGACACUCAGCCUGGAUUACUGCAGUAUUGGAGAGGAAGGCUUCAGAGCUCUUGCAUCAGCACUGAGAUCAAACCCCUCACACAUGAGAGAGCUGGAGCUGAGUGGGAAUAAAGCAGGAGACUCAGGAGUGAAGCAUCUUUCUUCUCUUCUGGAGGAUCCCAACUGUAAACUGGAGACACUACACCUGUGGAACUGCAGUAUAACAGAUGAAGGUUUCAGAGCUUUAGCAUCAGCACUGAGAUCAAACCCAUCAGCCCUCAGAGAGCUCCAUCUGUGGGGGAAUCAUCCUGGACCCUCAACACAGCAGCUGCUCUCUGAACUGAAGACACAUCCAAACUGUAAACAUAUAGAAAUAUAUGAACUCUAAUGAGUCCAUCCUGUUGUGUUCCACCUGAAUCAUGUUUUUACACUGUGCAUAACUAAGUGUUGCAGCACAUUCAUAUGUGAAGUUAUAUGUUUUAAAGUGACUUAUGUAAAUAUGAAAAUUGUGAGUAAUAUUGUAUAAAGAAUGUUUUCAAUAAAAACACGUGGUGACAUGUUAAGUUCA